UGUCAAAUUUAAGGAAUUAUUUAUUCCACUCAUUAUCUUGGUCACUAUUUAGAACCUAAAUAUUUUAUUUUAUACAAAAUAAUUCACAUAUAUAUUCACUCUGCGCAUCUGUGCGGAUCCUUAGUUACUCUUAAUUAAGAAACAUUUCUUCUAAUAAAAACUAUUUUUGAUUUAUUUUUAAUCAUAAUUACACUAGAAAUCCUUGCUAAGCAACGGCUAUGAUGAUGCUCUUAGACCAUAAAUAUUUAACAUAGAGAUUCUAAGGUGGAAAAUUACUAUAUAUAGAAACUAGUUAGACGUAGUUGCAUGGUAAUAGAAGAUCUUUCCUUAUCAAAUAGAUAUUUCGUUAAACCUGAAAAAUAAACAGAUGGGCUUUAAGCUGUAAGCCCAAAUACUUUCGAUUGAUUAUUGUAUUCAAUACCAGGUAUAUACAUGAUACAUUUCCUAUUUUGUGUCGUCAAACAGUUCUAAUAAAUCAAUAGAUGCAGGAGUGUCUACGCUGUUUUUGGAGGUGAUCUUGAAAGCAUUUUUACAUGAUGUUGUGAACUUAAGUAGGCUUAUGGAGGUAGUUUUGAAGAAUUUCAGGCUAAUGGAAAGAAAAUUGAAUCAGUCCAAGUUGGUCCAGUUAGAUUCACUCUCCUACGUCCACCAUCCUCCUCCUCCUCCCCUUCACCACCAGCUCUAUCUUCAUACUCACGUUUGUUCUCAACGUACCAAGGAAGCUUCACUCCUUUACCAGCAACACCGUACCCCAACCUAUACUUCUCCUCAUCCGGAUCCCCUGCCCUCACUGCAGCAUCUUUCGCAGAGGCUCUCGCGGUCGCAGCAGUUUCUUUCCUCACCUUCUUCCUCCUGUGAUCUUCCUCCUCCCCAGGCUUACCAGCAUCCUUCUUCGGUGUUAGCUCGAUGGGGUCGAAGAUCUUGAUCCUCCUCCUCCUCCCAUUCACGAAAUCGAAAGGAUGAUUUUACCUACCCGAGAAAGAGGUCGAAAUGAGAUUCGAGAGAGAAGCGGAGUCUUCGAGAAUGGAGGAGAAAGAAAACUGAUUUCGCACAAACGAAGGGGAGAGAGAGACAUUAAUGUGCGUUCCAAUUACAAGAUGACACGUUAGGGUGUCUUACUGAUUCUAAAAUGCUCACGUUUGGCAGCGGUUCUCAAUUUAUUUAGCAUUUUUCAUUUUUUUUUUUUUUUUGCUUUUGGUUAGAACCUGUAUUAAACUACUCCGAUGGAGGUGCUCUUAUAUCUCUGGUUUUGAGUUGCCAAUAUAAAAGAACUUAGAAUGGGCCCUCCAGAUUGUACCAUGAUAUUUAUUAACAUACUAAACUAACAAAAUGCGUAACAUGAUGGAUGCUGAAAGUCAGGGGGACAUGAUCAUUGGUUUUGGACUUGUCCUGGGGCGUUUUUGGGACCUACCUCUUACAAAUCUUCAACCUAUCUAAUUUCUGAUUCAGUUUGUGUACCACAGGAAAAAAUAAUAAUGAGAACAUAUGAGAGAUACUGGUGGUGGGUUAAGAAGAAGAAGCAGAUGGCUUUGGUGUUGUUCAUGAUAGUAACGUUGAUGCUUCAACUCCAGAUGAAAGGAUGUGUCGGUUGUCUGGAAACUGAACGGAUGGGUCUGUUGCAACUCAAGAAUGGUUUUAAAGUAGAAGAAGAAAGCAUGCUGAAAUCAUGGAGUCAUGAUGAUCCUAGCAGUGAUUGCUGCCACUGGAAAAGGGUAAAGUGUAGUGACGCUACUACCGGUGGCCACGUAGUCCACCUCUCGCUUGAUGAACUCAUACCCGCCAGUUAUGAGUUAGAAAACCAGUCUCCAAAUCUGUCUUUGUUCCAUAGCUUCCCUCGACUCCAAAACCUUAAACUUUCGUUCAAUAAGUUCAGUGACUUGUUUGAUCCCAUCAAUGUACUGACAGGUAUGCCAAUGUUGCAAGAACUGGAUCUAAGUAAUAAUGGAUUCACCGACUUCGACAAGCUAGGUGUAAUGCUUCCUUCAUCUUUACACGUACUGAAUCUUGCAAACAAUCAAUUACCAUCGACACCAAAAGGCUACUUGAAGAUUUGCGCAUUAAUGAAUUUUAGAGAACUAGAUUUAAGCUCCAAUGCUUUGACAAAUACUCCUUAUUGUCUGGCAAACCUAAGCCGUCUUCGAACUCUUGAUCUAUCCGAAAACAAAAUCAGUGGAGACUUGUCUUCCUUUGUACCUGGUCUACCAUCAACGCUUGAGUACUUAUCCCUUUUUGAUAAUGACUUCAACGGUUCCUUCUGGUUCAGUUCGCUGGCCAAUCACACAAGACUCACAGUAUUCAAGUUGUCAACGAAACUUGGUACGAUCCAAACUCAGGCUGAGAGCUCCUGGCUUCCACCAUUUCAGUUGAAGAUACUUAAGCUAAAGAAAUUCAAUCUUGGCAGCACAAUCCCUAGCUUUCUUGCUCAUCAACAUGACUUGCGCUCUGGCUUGUGCAGAAUAAUACAAGGCUGGCGGCUAUUAGACUGACCAACAAUUUGUUGACAGAGCUUCGACUACCUUCUAGGCUUGUUCAUGGACUAAAUUUUCUUGAUGUCUCAUGUAACAGGAUAUACGGUUCACUUCCAGAAGACAUAGGGAUUGUUUUUCCACAUCUAAGGUACAUGAACUUUUCUUCAAACCACAAUCAUGGAACCAUUCCAUCUUCUAUGGGCGAGAUGAAAAGUCUAGAAUUCUUGGACAUGUCCUCUAAUUAUCAGAUGUACGUGGUUGCUACUCUCUCAGCGUUCUGAAGCUCUCCAACAACCAACUCCAGGGGAAAGUAUUUCCAAGGCAUGCAAAUCUUACUAGUUUAGUUUGGUUGUUUCUUGAUGGAAACCGUUUUGGUGGGAGUCUCGAACAAGGUUUGUUGAACUCAAAGUCUCUACGUCUUUUGGACAUAUGAUCAGAUAAUAGCUUUUCCGGCACGCUUCUGAUAUCUGGCAUAUUUACAUUGUUUUAUCCAUUCAUCCAUGAGAAUUUUCAUCAUAUAGAUUAUGAUUUAGCCAUGUCUAGGUUGCAUUUUGCAUUCAUUGUCCUUAUUAGGUGUUAGAGUGUGCCAUGGAGUGAUUUGAGAUGUUUGGGAGCAUUGUGAUCCAAAAGGAGGUGAAAGAUGAGCAUGGAUGGAGCCUUUAGAGAAAUCUCCUGUUGCUAAGAUUUUGUGGAGACACCGAAAAUUGAGUUAGCUUUCUAAUGGAAGUGGUUUCAAGUCAUUUGGAGAUGUAAUGAAGGAGUUAUGAUCAAUUUACUAGAGGCAUAUCCAUCCUGGUCGAGCAUCGCAGAGUGACCUCUCAGAGCGACCUACCGAGGUCGCUCCCAGCCAGAGCGACCAGGCAGAGCGACUAGCUCAAGUCACUCCCAGCCAGAGCGACCAGCCAGAGCGACCAGCUCAAGUCACUCGCGUUUUGACGGGUCGAGACACAAAGAAACGCGUCGGGAGUAACCUCCUAGAGCGACUAUGCUAGGUCACUCCGCGUGUUUUGCUUGGACGAUUUUUAUGUUAUUUCAGGGGCCUUUUGGUCAUUUUUUUGAUGUUUUUACACUUUCUAAACCUAAUUUAAGUACUUUUGUAAGUCAUUGUAGGCAGAGAAUCUCUUUUCGAGAGAGAAGAACUAGUAAAAACUUCUUUUGAUUCAGAUUUCAUUGCUUUCAUCUUGUGUUCUUGUUGAUUUCUUAUCUAUUUCUCUACAUGAUUAAUCUGAAAUCCAAUAUGGGUUUAAGAGGAAUCAUGGAAAUUAGUGAGUAAUCACCUUUUGAAUUCAUGGGUUAGGGAGAUUAAGGGUGAUUAGGUUAGUUCUAGGAUGUUUUAGUGUAGAUCAUUCUUGUUCCUUGCUAGUAGAGUAUUCAUAAUGCAUCUUCUGAGUUGGCCACUCAAAAGUUGAUCAAUAGACAUUUCCCACCCAAAAGGUGUUUGAUGAAAUGCCUGAGACAACUCUCCUAAGCUUUUAGUAUACUUUGCCAAAAACAUUUGUUGUUAAAGGUGCUAAGAUAGCUAAUAGACUUGUUAGUUAUGAUUGCUUUCAUAUUAUUCAACCAAAGACAUUUGAUGUUUGAGAUAUGUUAGCAAAUGAGCGUUCAUCUAGGCAUAGAGCUUGCUUAGAAUUGUGUCUAGGCUUAAGGUUGAUAGUUUGAUUGAUCAUUUGUCAUCCUUAGUUCGAUACUUGAUCACCCAAGGUCUAAUCCCUAUGCCCAUGAGUUCUAUUUUCCCUUAGUCAAGAAAGUAUCAUUCUGUUAUUGCUUUCUAGUAUUAGUAGUAGUUUAAAACCCAUCUAAAUCAUUGGUUGCACUUAGAUUAAGUGAGUACUUGCAUUCUCGGUGCUUUGAUAUCCCUCAGAACUGGUUCGACAAUCUUUUAUACUACAACAUUUGUCUUAUGAGCCUUGAAAACUCUUAAUAUCAAAUUGGCGCCGUUGCCAAAUUCUGAGUAGAUUGAAACAUUGAGAUUUAGUCACUUGCUUAAGACUAAGUCAUUUUAAAUUUUGUUUUGUUACUGAUUCUUCUUCUUCAGAGCUUUAGAGAGAGAGUGUGCUAGAGCUAGAAGAGAAGAAUAGCAACAAGCCCACUUGCAGGAAUUGGACGUUGAUAUGGCAGAUCCACAACAAGGGGCAGAACACCAACCGCGGGCAGCUCGACCCAUUGGUACUUAUGACCGGCCCAACAUUCAUGGUCAUAGAUUGGGAAUCCGAGCACCGGCUGUGGCAGCUAACAACUUUGAGGUCAAGUCAGGACUCCUCAACGUGAUCGAGAACAACAAAUUUCAUGGCUUGGCUUUAGAGGACCCAUUCGAUCACUUGGACAGGUUCGACAGCUACUGCGGGUUGUCAAAAACCAAUGGUGUGUCAGAGGAUGCCUUAAAGCUGAAGUUAUUCCCUUUCUCUUUGGGGGAUAAGGCGCGUCGGUGGGAGAAGUCUCUACCCAGCGACUCUAUCACCACUUGGGAUGACUGCAAGAAAGCAUUCUUGGAGAAGUUCUUCUCUACUUCAAGAACUGCUAAGCUGAGAAAUGAGAUCUCCAGCUUUCAACAGAAGGGCUUGGAAGGAUUCAGUGAAGCCUGGGAGAGAUUCAAAGGCUACCAAGCUCAAUGCCCUCACCAUGGUUUCUCUAAGGAAAGCCUGUUGAGCACAUUCUACAGGGGAGCUCUUCCUAAGUACAGAGCCAGAUUGGAUACAGCUAGCAAUGGGUUCUUCUUGGGAAGAACUGAGGAAGAUGCAGAGGAGCUGGUUGACAACAUGGUAAAGAGUGACGCACUCUACAGUGGAGACCACGACAGAGGCAGUAGAACAGAUGACAAGCAGACGAGGAAUGAGUUAAAGGCUCUACAGGAUAAGAUAGACAUACUCAUUGCUGAUAAAUCCACCCAAGAGCAGCUGAACUUUGUUGGUAACUCAAACCAAGAUGCACCACCUGGGAUCAAUGAGGUUGAGGGUUUGGAAGGUCAAGAAGAGAUGUGUUUCAUCAACAACAAUGGCAGUUGGUACAAGAAAGAGCCCAACUUUCACUACAACAACUACCAACAGAAAUCAUAUCCUAACAACCAACAGAUUCGUUAUCAGCCUAGGAACAACCAGCAAGGCAACUAUCAGCCUCAGCAAAACCCUCCUCCUGAUUUCUCCAACAAAGGGAACCAGUCUUCUCAACAACAAGUUAAUCCUUCUACCUCUACUCCUCAGGAAAGCAGCACUGAUGUUCUACUGAAACAGAUCUUGGAGUCUCAGACUAGAAGUGAAAAGCAGGUUGGUUAUGAGUUGAAGAACCUUCACUCCAAGAUUGAUGGAAGUUACAAUGAGCUCAACAACAAGUUCAGGGCUUUGGAAAACCAGUUUGCUUCCAUGACCACUCACCAGAAUCGCCAGCAAAGGUCUCUACCUGGAAAAUCUGAGCAAACACCCAAGGAGUAUUGCAAUGUUGUCCUCUCUACCACUUCUUCAGGGAUUGAAUUGAGUAACCGCAAGAAAGAGGUAGAUGAAAUUGAAAGAUUGGUGUUUGGAACUGAGAUUGAACAGGUUCAGCAUCUGAUUGUAGCAACAGCUGAAGCAAAGAUUGUGGAGGAAGCUGACAAAAUGGUUGAAGUAAAGAUUUUGAAGGGAGAUGAACCCAUGGCUGAGAAACCAGUUGCGAAGAGAGCUAACCAGAAGCUGAAAGAGGUCAAGCUGGAGGACACCACUGAGGUUGAGCAGCCACCCUAUGACAAGCUCCCAUUUCCACAAAGGGUUCUCACCAAAGCUCAGAAGAAGGUGAUUUCCAAGUUCAGAAAAGACCUAAGUGAUAUUGGAGUUAAGCUUCCAGCGAUUUCGGGUAUGCGUGAGGCUCAUGUCCAAAUGAUGCUCAUCAAGGACAUUGUAGACCACCAAGCAGAAGUAGCAGAGCUUCUCAACAUCUCAACUUUGAAACUUGAUCCACCAGUCACACCAAAGUCUCUCCCUAAACUAGAAUCCCAAGGGAAGUUCACCUUGUCUUGCUCUCUUGGUAAGCUCAACUUUGAUGAUGCUCUUGUUGAUUCUGGUGCAAGUGUGAAUGUGAUCUCAAUGGAGAUGGUGAAGAGUCUUGAGAUUGAACACAUGGAGCCAGAUACUUCCUCUCUCACGUUUGGGGAUUCUUCUUCUACUACCCCUAUUGGUCUCAUCAAGGAUUUCCCUUUGAAGAUUGGAUCUUGCACCAUCCCCAUAGACCUCACUGUCUUGAAGAUGGCAACUGAGAAGAGAGUUCCAUUGAUCCUGGGCACACCAUUCCUUACUUUUGUGGGUGCUUGCAUCGAUUUCGCCAACAAGAAGGUCACACUCCUCAAUGUCAACGAAGCUGUCUCUUACCCAAUUCAGUCUCCACUGGAUGUUGAGUAUUGUGGAACCAUCACUUCUGGAGACCCCUACAUUGAGAAGGAUCCUCCUUCUCCACUUUCCACUUGAGGUACUUCUCUACUUUCCAUUGUAUAUACCAUUUCAUUUUUGCAUAUUAGCUUUCUCUUUUGGGUAUCUCUCUCUGCUUGACAACACAGAGACUGUGUCAUCUAAGUUUGGGGGAGGUACCAAGUAUUUGAUCAUGUUUGCUUUGAUGAUUUUUCAUUGAGUCCUGCAUACAUACCUUUUAGCAUAAAAAAAAAAAAAACAAAUCAUAUAGAUUGCAUCACUUGCAUUUUUAGGAGAGUCUAGAGCAUAUAGGUUGCAUUCACUUGCAUUGGGAGCAAUGAUUUUAAACGCCUUGCAAAGAACACUACUUUGCACCUGAGUAGCUUAUGCACCUCUCAAAAAGACUUGUAUGCUUCGAGCCUUGAAAACUCUUCCUGAAACUAGUUGAUUGCUGAAACUCAGUCUUUGAAACCAACUACAAACCCUAUUUGAACUGAAUGAACUUAAUGCUUCUUGCUCAUGGUCCCUUGUGUACUGAGUCAUGGCUAUACACACUUGAGUUGUCACAUCCUUUAUGCCAAUCUUAUUUUGACAAACUCUAGUGGUAGACCACUCCAAAAAAAAAAAAACUUUUCCCUCCUUUUAAGCUUUCAUUGUUUGAUGAGUGAGGUCUUCUUCGGAAAGUCUUACAUGUGCAUAAUGUUGAGAGUAUCGGGAACGACA